AUGGCUGCGCUGACGCCCAGGACACCACCGGCACGCAGGGUGCAGAGGUCCAGGACGCCGGAGAAGGCGAUGCGGACGACAGUCGAGGUGGAGCCGCUGACUAUCGCGAGGGGGCAGACCCAACCACUCCGUCGACAGAUCGCGGUGACGGCGCUGCGGCUGGCGGAGGAGCAGGCGCGUGCCCGGCUGCGCUUGGCGCGCUCGCGGUCGGCGCAGCCAUUGCCGCAGUCGCCACCAUUCGCGCAGCCGCCGCCACUCGAGCUCCUUGCCCCCACCGAGCUGCUUGCCAAGACCGACGCGAUCAAGGAGCUGACGCGGCGCAAGGUGGCGCAGGCUAUCGGAGCGAAGUGGCCGGCGAAAGUGAAGGUGCCGACGACGUCCGAGGACGGGCAUGCCGGCGGGGAUCUUGUCGGAAGCCCCGCCGAGAGAGCAGCAGUCGCCGUCCAGACAGCAGCAGUCGACGAUGUCACCUCCAGUGGCCUUCGAGGCAUCGCAGGUCCCCAGCUCUCCCCGAUUCUCUUCGCGGCGGGCGCGGACAUUCGGACGGAUUCACAGCUACGCCGACGACCUCGCGGCCCCGCUGCGGACCGGCGAGUCGCUCACGCCGGAGGCCCUGACGACGCGGCCGGACCCGACUUACACAGGGAGCCUCGCAGAUCCAGCUGUGCACCGAGGAGACGGCGCCACACUCGCCGCUGA